CCUUCUUUUUAUCAUUAAAUCUUUUCUCUCAAUAAACCUUUUCAGGUUUUCCAAUCUACGUGCUCCGUAGACAUCACAUAUUUUCCAUUUGAUACUCAAGAAUGCAAAUUAAAGUUUGUGGCUUGGAGUUAUUCAACGUAUGAGGUUAAUAUGGACAGUGGAGACAAAGGGAUAGAGUUGGAAGAGUAUGAAUCAAACUCAGAAUGGGACGUCAUUAACACAAGUUACUCGGUGAACUGGGAAUCCGCGGAGUCUUCUGUUGUAUUCAGCAUCAAAAUCAAAAGAAAACCACUUUAUGUCCUUCUCUCAGUGAUCAUGCCAAUAAUUAUGUUGGCAGUUUUGAACAUUUUUGUAUUUGUCCUACCUUGUGAUAGUGGCGAAAAAGCUAGUUAUUCUAUAACAGUCUUCUUAGCUUUUGCGGUAUUUCUGUCUAUAAUUUCUGCAACCUUUCCGGAAAACUCCGAAGUGGUCGCUUUAUUUUCUGUCUAUCUUAUUAUCCAGACGCUACAGAGUACAGUAAUUACACUCAUUGCUCUAGCUCUUACUCGAUAUGCUUCGUUCGAUGGUCUAGGAACACCUGUACCUCAUCAACUAAAAGUUUUUCUUAAUGUCAUCACCUGCAAAACCUGCUGCGCGAAAUACAUUCGUAAAAAUCAGGUUACUGAUAUUGAAAUUAAUGCUGAAAAGGCUACAAAAAAGUCAAAUGGGAAGUUAGACAACAAACACUUUAUUCUGAAGAAAAAUGAGCAGAAUAGUGAUCACCAAUCUAGAUUUAAUACCUGGAAAGAAGUUGUUAACAAGCUUGACGUUAUAUUCUUUGUUUUCUUCACUUGUGUUCUCAUUAUCCCCACUCUUCUCUUCUUUGUCAUAUCUGCCACAAAAUAAUUGAAGAUUUUUUAAUAUACUAUCUAAUGAUUCAAGUAUUUU